AUGGCGUCGUCAGGCAAUGAGUUGUUGGAAGGAUGGUUGAGCAGUUGGGUGUCUGCCAGUGGGCUAACAGCAGGGCAGGGUACUCCCGGGGAGGCAUCGGAGAAAAUUACAACGAAGUUGAAAGAAGAUUUGGAAGAAACAUGGGAGAAAUUGAAGAGUUGGCUGUCGCACGGGGGAUCAAAUGAAAUAGGGGGACUCUGCGCAAAUGCGGGAGCUUCUGCCACGCCCCGAUCUUAUGAAGAGGACUAUAGGAAAAAUUUAUGUAAAGGUAUAGCCGAAAUAAAGUACUUUAUCAAUGGGGUGGAGACGAAGAUAAAGUCCGGGGCCGGGAAGACCGAUCAGAGUCCUAUUAUUGAUAACCUAACUGAUAGUGAUAAAGCUUAUGCACGCUGUAUUGUGGGAAUAGUCGCCAUGAAAGAAAUUUAUGGGGACCACUGCUAUUUCGAGGAUGCCGGAAGGGAAAUGUCGUCCCAAGUGGAAAGUAAAUUGGAGAUGCGCUUGAAGGAAAAAGGUCUUGAGCAACAAUUGAACAGAUGUGAGGGAGUAAAUAUGAAUGCUCUGAAUGUCGGCAGUGCGCUUCUCGGGGAUAAAAUCAAAUCUUGGGCAGCGGGAGAGAGGGAUGUGGGAAGCAGUAGUAAGGGAGCCAUGAGAGUAGGGUAUUUGUGGCACCUGUGGAAACAGGUCUGCCUGCAAAAAAGAAGGGAGGACGAGGCAAAGAAGGAAGAGAGAGAGAAGAAUAAAGGCACUAUCGGAGAUUUCCUUAAAGUAGGCAACGAUAAUAAUAGGACACAAUUAAUGGACCAAUUAAUGAAUGAUCAGGUGCCAUUAACACUCGAUGACGUCAAGACAGCAUUACAGGAAUCUAUAGGUAAUGGUGGAACUUCUCCUGAUGUUGCCACCGUAAAGAGGAAAGUAGAGGAGAAAAUCAAGAAAAAUGAAGCUGAUGUGUGCAUGAAAGACAAGAACAAUACAUUUUGCAAGCGCUUGCAAUGUGCAGAACAAUAUUGGCAAUUAACAGAUGGGAAGGGCAGCACCAACACCGAUUUCUGGAGCAACAACGUCGAGAAGAAGCUGGGAGAACUCAUCACUAAUACGGUAGACAAUGGUGACACGGGAGGUGCCAAGUGCAACGACGAUAAACUAGAUAGUGCAAAUAAAGCAGCAUGUGAGCACAUGGCAAAAUUGUUGAAUGCGAUGUACAAAAAUUCAAAUAGUGACCCUAACAAAUAUUCUGCUCAAAUUAUAAAUUGUCUUUUAUUAAAAGCUUACGCUGAAGAAUUAAAAAAAAAAGCAAAAGGAGGAGGGUUCUGUAGCAUAGAUGAAGGGAUAAAUCACGCUUUUACCCAAAGUAAAACCAUUAUGGAAAGUGCGGCAGAUCAAUGUACAGCUAGUAAUACCAAUAAUUGUUUUGAAUGCAAUUGGAUGGACAAUACUAAGGACGGCAUUAAUGGUUGCUCCAUUAGCAAUGGCACCACCUCCGACGAUGUAAAGGAAAAAGUGAAUAAAUUGUUCGAAGGCAAGGACAAAACGAAGGACGACGCAAUACAAAAAACCUUGAUUAACUUCAAUAAGGAGAAUAAGUUAUGUGAAUGGGUAAAUUGUGCCGCAAAACGGUCGGAAGAGAACAAGAACAAGGGACAAGGGACCACGGGACAGAAAGACUUCUGGAAGGUGGAUGAUGGCGCAGUGAAGACGCUGUGGACAGAAUUGUCCACAGCAAUGGAACAGAGUAAAGGAGCAGGAGAGGAGAAAUGUAAUAAAAUGGGUGAUAAUGCCAGUGCAAGGGAUGCAACUCAUUCUGAAAGGAAGGCAUGCAAUUAUUUGCAUGCCGGAUUAAAAAAACUGUACGAUGGUCCUACGAUGACAGGCGACGACGACAUCCUAUCUAAGAAAUACCCAUCGUUCAGACAAGCGGUGGGCUGCUUCUUACUUCAUUCCUAUGCAAAUGAAAUGAAAAAGAAUGCUGUCUGUGAGAUUGAUGCUGGUAUAAGCAAAGCAUUUAAUUCGUGGCAGGACCUCAGUGAGAAAGUACCUGGUACUUGCAGUGGCAAUGGUAAAACUUGUAUUCCGUGCAAAUGGGAAGAAAAUGACAAAUUGAAGGAUUGUAAAAUUAAGGCAGAUGGAAGUCCUAGCCAAGAUUCGAAUGUUGAGGACAAAUUGAAGACCAUCGUCCAUGGGAACGAUAACGACAUUAAGACAAUGGCAAAGGAAGUAAAUAAUGUGACAGAACUUUGCGACCAAGUCCAAUGUGUAGCGGCCCGAUGGAACAAACAUAAUAGAAAAGGCAGAGACAGGGUCCCCCGUAAUUGGGAUAAAGUAUGGGAGGCAGUCCCAAAUGAAGUAACCUCUUUGGGGGAUGGCCUCAAGGAGGCCACAACUGAGAAUAAGAGGACAGAAUUUGAGAAAUACUGCAGCGGUCUCACGGGGCAUAAUGGGAAGGAAGCUGAUAAGGAUGCUUGCAUCCUUAUAGCAGCAGGAUUAAAAAACCUCUACGACAUCCCCGACAACGGCACGAACGAUGCCGUUACGGCAUCGUUCCAAAGAACGAUGCGUUGUUUUUUAUUAAAUGCCAUUGCUGAUAAAUUAGAAGCACUUCCCUGUGAAGAGGAAAGAAGUGUAAAGGAGGGGAUAACUAAGGCAUUUGUCGAAAAUAAUGAAAGCAUUAAGGGGGGAAGUAUCGGCUGCAAGGAUGAUAAUGUUAAGUGUUUUAAGUGUCCGAGGGUACCCUUAAAGGAUCUUGCAACUUGCACAAUUGGCGAGAAUAGUCAAAAGAAGUAUGUGAAGACGGAAGUAGAGGAAAAGCUCAAAACUGAUUCUAAUUUAAAGGACGAAUCUCUUAUCAAGACCAUAUGUAAACCGUGUGACACCGGUGAAUUCUGUAAUCGUCUACAAUGUGUAGCAGAUAAAUGGGGAAAAAGGAAGAACGGAGGCUCAACCGGAACUGCGUCCGUUACUUGGAAUGACAUGAAGAGUGACUUUGAAACAGAGUUAGAAUCACUGCUGGGUGACAUGACGACAAAGCAGGAUAAAGUUGCCCAUCACUGCAACGGCGGUGGCGGCGGCUGGGACGAUAAGGACGCCCACGGCAAAGCCAAUAAAACGGCAUGCUUACUCACUGCAGCAGGACUACAUCACAUAUCUAAUAUACAGCUGAACUAUGACGCGGGGAAUCAGAAUAACCCUUAUGAUAACCAAGAGUUCAGACAAUUCGCUUCCUGCUUAAUGUUAAAAGCCGUCGUACAAAAAAUGAAAGAAGACAGCAAAAUUUGUCACAUAGACCAAGGGAUUAGGGUCGCUUUUUUAAAGGCAAAAGACAUUAAGGAAGAUCAUUGCAAAAAUAAGAAACCCUGCAUUGAGUGCAAGUUGACGGAAGAAUUUGACAAUUGCCCCAUUGAUAGUGGCAAAAAAAAUGACACAGUGAAGCCUACAUUAGAAUCAUUACUCAAGACGAAAGAAAACGACGUCAAUAACACCCUAUCCACAAUAACUACAACAGAAGGAAAUACUGGCUCCCUCUGUCAACGUUUACAAUGCUUAGCAUCUCGAGUUCAGAUGGCCCGGGGGAACAAUAAUGCGGACGACUUCUGGGGGAAGGAAGGCGGCGAAGUCGCCAAACUAUGGAAAGAAUUGUCACAAGCAAUGACAGAUAAUGGGGGUCAAGACAAAGGAGGUCAAUGUGGGACAAUGGAUGAUGGCAGUAGUACAAACAGUACUAGGGAACCCACCAACCCUGAAAGGAGGGCAUGCCAAUAUCUUACAUCAGGUUUCGAAAAACUAAAGGAACUUACAUCGCCUACGGCGACCAACAUCAAUGGCAACAACAUCUUGGAUAAGGACCCAUCGUUGAAACGAACGAUAGGUUGUUUCUUACUUCAUUCUUAUGCAAAACAUAUGAAGGAGAAGGCGAAGUGUUUAGUGGGAUUCGGCAUAAAGAAGGCUUUCGACACUGCUGGCAAAGAAUUAAAUGGGGGACAAUGUACAUUGGAUGACACCUAUGGAAGUUGCGAAAUUCACACAAAUGGCAGCCCAACGAAAGUAACGGCCAAAUUAGCACAAGUUAAAGGCGAAAUAAAAACCACCGUAACUGACACCCUAACGAAAGUAAACGAAACGAAGACUUUAUGUGACCAACUCAAAUGUGCCGCACCCAAAUGGUUCCAAAACCAAAUGAACGGAAAUACUGCUCCUACGAAGAAUUGGUGUGACUUUUGGGAUACGACUGUUAAGGACGCAUUGGAGAAGAUGUUCAAGGAAAUCGAUCAGAAUGGAAAGGACAAAUCAAAGACUAAGAAGAAUGUUGUAUGCAAUAAAUUUGGGGAUGAUAAUCCUGAUAGUGUCGAAAGAAAAGCAUGUAAUCAUAUCACAGCAGGUUUAGACUACAUUAACAAAAUUGAAGGUAAUGACAACGAUAAGCAGAAGAAGGCUGAUGAUAAGUUUUUUAAACAAACUAUGAUGUGCGCAGCACUUAAUCUUUAUGCUGAUAGAAUAAAAAAGGAAACGGAGAAAAGUUGUCCCCUUGAUGAGGAAAGAAUAAAAGAAAUGUUUGAAAAAUGGAAUGUAAUUAAAAAAGCUUCGUGUUCGACCUCUGGUGGUAAUGAUUGUUUUAUUUGUGAAAGAAAAGAAAAUUUUAGUGGUUGCGACCUCUUGGUUGAUAAAGACUUAAUUGGAUCAUCAUCAUCAGGUGGAAGUUCACCCUGCAAUAACAACGACAAAGAAGACGUCCCAAAGCAAAUGAACGAACUCCUCAACGAAGACAAAUCCACCAUUAACACCAAAAUGAAUUCCACCUUAACUACUAUCACUGAAAUGAAAUCUUCUUUCUGUACUCAACUGCAAUGCGCUGCAAAACAAUACCACGCAGAAAAGAAUAAUGGACAAAGCAGCGGAGUGAACUGGGAUGCCUUGAAGACUGACAUCGGAAAGGAAUUAGCACAACUUCUAGAACAAAUGAUGCAGUCUAAAAAUCAGGAGAAAGUUGCCCAAUACUGCAAAGACAACGAAGAUAAAUGGAAUAAAAUUGGCCAUAAACAAGGCAAAACAAAUAAAGCGGCUUGUUUGCUUUUUGCUGCAGGAUUAAGGCACAUUUAUGGCCGUCCCAACGGCCAAAAGAAGGGCCAGUUUAACGGCCCAUCGUUUGGACAAACGAUGGGUUGUUUAUUUCUUAAAGAAUAUGCAAAACAAUUAAAAGAAAUGGCAAAAGAGAAGAGAAAAGGACAUAGUUGGGUACAUCCCCAUUGUAGCAUAGAUGAAGGCAUAAAACAUGCUUUUGAUAAAAUUAAUACCACUAUGAAAGAACCAUCUUCAUGCAAAGGUACUAAUGUUCCUAAUUCUUGUUUUGUGUGCACAGAAGAAGGAGGUUAUGAUGAUUGCCUCAUUGGCACUGACAAUGUAAAGCAAAAAGUGGAACCACUGCUCGAAGAGAACAAAAACCAUAUGCAACAAACAUUAGAGAAUACAGUCUGUCCCAUCCUCCUUACGGAUCUCCUUACCCCUUUUCUUCCUUUGGCUCCUGUCUCUAUUGGACUUUCUGCUAUGGCUUAUUACCUUUGGAAGUAUUUUGGUCCUCUUGGUAAAGGAGGAGCACGUUUCCGAAGAUCUCCUGUUGAAAUUCCUGGUCCAUCAGUACAAGAACAAGUCCUCGAUCAUGUGGAAGAAGCUGGUCCACAUGAAUAUCGAUUGGUGAAGGAACGAAAACCUCGUUCUGCUCCAACGAGAACGAAACGUUCUGGUCCCGUGAAUCGUCGCACGAUUAUUGAAAUUCAUUUUGAAGUGUUGGAUGAAUGUCAAAAAGGGGACACACAAUUGAACCAGAAGGAUUUUCUGGAACUUUUGGUUCAAGAGUUCAUGGGAUCCGAAUUAAUGGAAGAAGAACAGGUUCCUAAGGAAAAUGUUCUUAUGGAAGAGGUUCCUAUGGAACGUGUUCCAAUUAAAGAGGUUCCAAGUUUAGGUUCCGUGUUUAUGGUUUAA